CGCAGGCAAACGUCCGCCGAAAUUUCAAAAACAUUUUCGUUUGCUUCGGGUGUUGCUAUUGUGAGUUUUUUUGCUAGCUAUUUUAAACUAUUAGUUGAACGCGUUAUGGAUCCCUUUAGUGAAGACCAUACGAAAAUGUACUUUUAUGAAACCAGAUUGAAUACCUACGUGGGGUGGCCGUUCGAAGAGGGCUGCGCGUGCACUCCAGAAAACAUGGCCAAAGCUGGAUUCAUCCACACACCAACAGAGAACAGCCCGGACAUAGCCAAGUGCUUCUUCUGUCUCAAAGAACUGGAGGGCUGGGAGCCAGAUGAUGACCCAGAGAAGGAGCAUAUGUCUCAUUCACCCAGCUGCAACUUCAUCUCCCUGAAGAAGAGUGUGAAUGACCUGACUGUGGAAGAGUUCCUCAAACUCCAGAAAGAGAAGCAGAAAUUCCACAUUAAAAAGUAUUGCAUUGAGGCCAUCACUAAGUUUGAGGAGGCGGCAAAAAGCAGAAGAGGUGAGAUCAUCAAGACUGCCAUGGAUGAAGAGUGAUGUGGAGGGACCUGUUUGAGUACUUUAUAAAUGUUCUGCUCUGGAGUAAUCACUGGUAGUGCAGUAGCCUAAUGUACAUAUUCUGUCUGUCCGCAUUAGCUAGGUGUUUUUACCAAUAAAUAUUUUAUUUCCCAA